AUGACGAGGAUUUCGAUUUAUUUAGUUAUCUUUUACAUUGUUAAGAUUAUUGAGUGUAAAAAAAUCUUGCAUUUAUCAGACUGUGAUAUCAAAUAUGUUAUUAAAAAAACCAAGGAAGUUAAAUUAGCCGAUUGUAAAAACAGAGGACUGAAUUUUAUACCUCAGAAUUUACCGGGAGAUAUCAAUGUUCUAGAUCUUAGUUCGAACAAAUUAACAGCUAUCAACAACGAUUCUUUCGUUAAUUAUGAGUACUUACAAGAACUGGUUUUGGGAAAAAACCAACUUGAAGAUUUAUCUAAUGAGUCAUUUAAAGGAUUAUCCAACCUUGUUGCGCUGGACAUGUCUCACAAUAUGCUUGAUUUAUCAAAAGUAUAUUCAGCGGAAAUAUUUCUUCCAAUUAAAAACUUAACAAAAUUGGAUAUCAGAAGUAAUAUGCCCCAACCAAUAGAUUUUGAUAAGGAUUUUAUUUACCCCGACGACGUAUUUGGUGUUCUGAGCGAGUUGUCCUUCUUAGGAAUUGAUAUGAUGCCUGUGCCACGUUUUGGAAGGGGAUUCAGUCAUAUUACUAACCUUCGAGAAUUACACUUUCAAUCAUGCUAUUUAGUAAGCUUGUCUAAUACAACAUUUCAAGCGUUUCCAUAUUUUGUACAGGAGCUUAGUCUAACAAAUUGUCGCUUAAAAGCCGUAAGGACGGAAGAUGAUGUUUUGCUUCCGUUUCCACAUCUCCGUGUAAUAGAUUUUCACGGAACAUUUAUGCAUCUAAGACGAGCACUGCAUUUAUUACACCCGUACAGUUAUUCAAAUCUAACUACAAUUAAUUUUGGUCAUGUUAGUGACGCUAGUAUUGAUAGCAGUGAACUACCUUUUGUUAUAACAAUUACACCCGAUAUGAUGAAAUAUCUGAAAACAAUUUGCGUUGAAAAUUUAGAUUUAUCAAAUAAUGGCAUAGUUGAUUACGAAUCUGGAUCUUUAUUCACCUUUGAUCGCCCUGAAUGUUUACAAACUCUUUCUUUUAAAAGAAACCGGUUUGUUAUUGUUACUAAAAGAACGAUUAGCGAUUUUAAUUCUUUUUGUGGAAAAGCUGUUCUACUAAAAUCGAUAGACUAUUCAUAUAAUGCUGUCAACUAUAUCAUGAACAACUCUGUGAUUUCCAAUUUAGAGAUAGAUAGUUAUCAUGGUAGUUAUGUGACACUUCCAAAAUCACUAGAAAAAUUCGAUAUGAGUAACACAAUACUAACCACUUACCCUGAAGUAUGGAUUAUAGUUCCUGAAAACAACAACCUCAAAUAUUUGGAUGUAUCUUAUGCAAGGACCAAUAUGCCGUUAUUUUUUCUUCAAAUUCGAAUAGAAACAUUUAUAUCUACUGGACUCUACGAAACUGCCUGGAGAGAAAUAAAACGUUUUCCUGAACACAAUUUGAAAACAGUUGUAUGGAAAGAAGCUUACCUUAAUGAAGGAAUAGAAGAACAAGGAAACCGGUUGUUCGAUGUAUUAACAUCUGUUGAGUCGUUGGAUAUAUCUAGAAAUAAUAUUUGGUAUUUUCCAAACGAGUUUUUAAAACCAAUGCCAAAUUUGUCAUGUUUGUAUUUAGGAAAAAAUUUACUUCAGGCUAUUCCAGAACAGUUGAUUGGUCAUACUAAAAUAAAGGUGCUUGAUGUGAGAAACAAUCUCCUAACAACUGUAAGUUCAGCCAUUAGAAAUUGGGCAGAUAAGAUGCAAGAACGGCAUGGAAUGACUUUGCAUCUCGAUGGCAAUGCAUUUAUGUGCAACUGCGAUAGUUUAGACUUGAUACGAUGGAUAAAAACUACAAAAGUUGAUCUGGACAGUCAAUCUUAUAAAUGUAAAUUAUCGAAUGGAACCGUUACUGAUACACUUACUGCCUACAACUCGUUCUCGCACUUGUUUGCGGAUUGUAAGAGUACUAUGUGGUUAACCUUUGCAUCAACGUUGUUAGCUACAUCUGGUACAAUCUCUUUACUGCUUGUGUUGUAUAGUAAGAGAUGGAAGAUUGCCUUCUCUGUCUAUGGAAUAAUUCAGAGUUUUAUUGAACAAAAAGUUCGGAAGAGUUAUCAGUACGACGUGUAUAUGUCUUAUGAGGGAGAGAUUGUCAUAUGGAUAAAACAUGUCUUAGUACCAAGACUUGAGGCCGAAUGGGGACUGACCAUGUGUAUAAGAGAUCGAGAUUUUUUAGGUGGUGAGAGUCUUCUGGAUACUGAGGCCGAAUGUAUCGAAAAGAGUAGGUACAUUAUUUUCCUCAUCACACCUGAGUUCAAAACGUCAAAUGAUUGCUUGUUUGAACUCCACAGAGCUAAAUAUGAGAGAGUAACGAGAAAUCUGGACAAAAUUAUUGUUAUAACAAAAAAUAUUAAAAUUACCGACAUUCCCUACGAGUUUUCGUACAUUUGGAAUUAUGCAUAUCUUGUACAAUGGCCGAAUGAUCAAGGAGAUUUAGAUGAUACUUGGAGACGAUUGAGAAUGUUAUUCACAGUAGGGUCAGUUGCUAACAAACAAGUAACUCGAAACAACUUGUUCACAAAUGUUCAAUCUGUCGAGACACUUGAUAUAUCUGAAAAUAAUAUAUGGUAUUUUUCGGACGAUAUAUUUAAACUACUGCAAAAUUUGUCAAACCUUUAUUUAACCAACAAUUUACUACAAUCUAUUCCAGAACAACUGAGUACGCUUACAAAAAUAAAGAGGCUUGAUGUUAGAAACAAUCUCCUUACAAGCGUUAGUUCGACCAUUAGAAAUUGGGCAGAUAAAAUGCAUGAAAUCCAUGGAAUGACCUUGUAUCUUGAUGGUAAUGCAUUUGAGUGCACUUGUGAUAAUGUAGAUUUGAUAAGGUGGAUACAGGCUACAAAAGUUGAUCUGGACAGCCAAUCAUAUAAAUGUAAAUUAUCAAAUGGAACAAUAAUUGAUUCACGUAUUGCCUAUAACUCUAUUUCCGAAUUGUUUGCGGACUGUAAGAGUACUAUGUGGUUAACCCUGGCUUCGAUAUUACUUUCUACAUUUAUCACAUUAUCACUGCUGCUUGUGGUGUAUAGUAAGAGAUGGAAGAUCAUAUUUUUUACUUAUGGAAUUAUUCGCCGUGUUGUUGAGCGUAAAGUUCAUAACAGCUAUCAAUAUGACGUGUAUAUAUCAUAUGAAGGGGAAAUUGCCAUUUGGAUUAAAGAUGUUUUAGUACCAAAACUUGAGGACGAGUGGGGACUGACCAUGUGCAUAAAAGAGCGAGAUUUCUUAAGUGGAUCGAGUCUUGCGGAUAGUACAGCAGAAAGCAUCCAAAACAGCAGAUCCAUUAUUUUUCUCAUCACGCCUGAAUUCAAAUCCUUACGUGAUUGUUUAUUUGAACUCGAUAGAGCAAAACACGAGAAAAUUACAAAAACUCUGGAGCGUAUUAUUGUCAUUACAAAAGAUAUAGCAAUUACUGAUAUUCCUGUGGACUUUUCCGUCAUUUGGAAUUAUGCAUAUCUUAUUGAAUGGCCAAAGGAUCCCUACAGUUUAGAAGAUACAUGGAGAAGACUGAGAAUGUUAUUUGCAGAUAGCAUAGUUUCUAACAAAUACACAGCUUAAUAGAUAAAAUUCUUUUGAAAUGCAAUUCUGUUAUAUAACGAGAUAACUAUACACAUAUAU